AUUUACAAUCUGUGAACAUGCACAAUAGUCGCAAAUGUCGCAAGUCGCAAUUUAGAUAGUUUCGAUCACAAUAAUUCAAUGUAGUGAUUGUUAAUCAUUAGUGAUACAUUUUGUUAGGCUUAGGUUAAUUAAGACAAUGUCUAAAAAUAUAGUUUUCGAGGGGUGGUUGACCAAAUCACCGCCGACAAAACGUAUUUGGAGAACGAAAUGGCGAAGGAGAUGGUUUGCCUUGAGACAUUCUGGAGAAUUGCCUGGUCAAUAUUUUUUGGACUACUAUGCCGAUAGGAACUGCAGGCGCCUCAAGGGCACCAUCAACCUUGAUUUAUGUGAACAGGUUGAUGCAGGGCUUCAUAUGGAACGUAGCGGCAGUGGGUUGUUGGACCCCAAGCUCCGAGGUUCUGUGUUCACUAUCCAGACUCAGUCCAGGACUUAUCACCUCGAAGCAGAUUGUGAAGCUGAAAUGGAAAAGUGGGUUGAUGCAAUAUGUAGUGUGUGUGGCCUGAGAGCUACAGAGGAUUCUUCCACUGAGAAUGGUACAUACCAGAACAGCAUGCCCAUGGCUGUGAACGAGCGGUACGAGUGUCCAGAGGGCACAGGGCCGUACAUCCGAAUAUCCGAGUGCGUCACCGGGAUUCGGGCCCAGGAUUCCCGUGCAUUUACGUUUGACCCUCGGAACAUUGUGACGAGCAGCAGGCGGGGGUUCGCCGGGGACAGCCGGGGCAACCAGAUGUACCUGAGCCAGCCGCUCCGACAACACAACGCCGACUUCUCCGAGAACGAGUCCAACCUCAGUGAAGACGAGUGCAAGUCCCUCAACGCUAGUCACUCUAACAUAGGAGACUGGUCUGUGACAAAAUCUUUUACCAAAUUGGCGGUGGGUCCUAAGAAAAACGGCAUCCCGGACGAUGGACCACCAGUGCCGCCUCGGCCACCUAAGACCUUAGGAGUCACAUCAAAGAAUAGCUUGCAAAAAGAUGCCUACCUUGGACCAAAAUACAACGAACCCAUGGAUUCCAAUGAUAAUGUUUUUAUGCAGUGCACGUUGGGAGUGGAGAUUGGGGUAGGCGCGUCGCGGCGGCGCUCGCCCGCCCGCUUCCCCGCGCCCGCUGCGGUCGCUACCGACGACGACGACGAGGAGCUCUCGCUCUCGCCCGGACACCCGUCAAUGCAGUAUUGCAACGUGAAGUCUCUACCACCGGCCGUGGACCGCGCGCUCAAACCGCGCCACUCCAGCCAUAGCAUAAGCCACCUCAACAGCUUCUCAGGACAGCCUCUAACGCAAUUCCACCCUAUCGAAGUGAGGGCAGACACGCUGCAGUAUUUAGAUUUGGACCUUCAGACUUCAAAGCCCUCUUCAAAUAAGACACAACAACAGGUUCCAAGAAAUAAAAUUGACAUAGCGCACGGCAAAUCCCUGUCCGAGGUGGAGGCGGACAGCUGUUACAAGACCGUGGAUUUCCUAAAGACGGAAGCGUUCAACAUCACCAUGCAGGACGCCGAGGCAUCGCGCAGCAACCACACCCAGCACUUCAGCCCGGUGGGUCAACACGGACACUGACCCGAGGCCCUUCCUCGGCCCGCUCCUCAGUCGCGUCGACGAUCUCGAACCAAAAUGGAAUUCGUUCACGGUAUACCUCCGUCUCCGGUGGACUCAAUUUGCUACCAAGCGAUAGAUUUCUUCAAGACGGAAGCGCUGUAUAUAACCAUACAGGACACGGAAAACUCCAGGCGGUACCACGUCGAGCACCCCAGCCCGCUUGGCCAGCACGGCCCAUGACCGGCGCUCGCGGCAGAGCCGCGCACGCGUUGUUGCCAUUUAAACUGCUUCGAAGAUUUUGUAAAAGCAUUUCAAACUCGCCGACAUUCGUAAAUUAUGAAUAUGUGAAUUUCAAUGCCAGAUAUUUUUUAUCCAUGCUUGUAUAAGAUAAAGACGCUAAAAUUGAGACACAAAAAUCUCGUUUGCGUUGCCGAAUGUCUCUUCUUAUUCAAACCUAUCUUAUUAUAUAUCUCAUUAUUCUAAGUAUUCUUAAUGCAAGCCAAGGUUAAAUAUAUUUUCAUAUAAAUAAAACUGCUAUUUAUACAGGUCAAGAGAUAAGGCAGCGUAGAAAAUUCGUAGAAAAGGGCGCUGACAUUCUCAGAUUCAAAAUAAAAUCAUUACAGAUAUGCUCAAUAAGUACCUGCUGUGGGCAAUUAGAAAUCUAGAAAUUGUUCAAUAAAGGUACACAUUUUAAGUUACUCGUCUAGUGUAAAGGUUUACAGAUGGACAGGAAUGUAUUUCUCCUGUUCCCUGUCCAUCUGUAAACCUUAAUGCAUUAAUUUAUAAGAGAACAAUAAAUGCCCAAAUUAUAUUAAGUAUCUAUUCUGUACUUAGACAAAUAUAAAUCAUAUACAUUCGUGAUAGAUAGUGUUUUUAAGUUCAUUAAAAAUAACUUGCUGAUACCAGAGACUAGUAAAAUCAAGACGAACAACUUCCUUACAAAACCGUGUUCCUCGCGUGCCAUUUUACUAUUUUUCCAUUUAAGCUUUAUACGUAUAAAAAUGUCACCUACUGCUUUUGAUUUAUAAACCUAAAAUCCUUCUUUCCUGACCGCUGUUUUAUGCACCAAAGUACAUUUAGCAUAAUAAACUCAUUUUAGUUUUAUUUAAUAGCUCCAUCUAUCUAGUUUUAAGAUUUUUAAACCUCUUCAAAGGGCUCAAAAAGCUUCAUUUAUAAAUUAAAUUAAUUUUUUUGACUAUAACUGCGGUCAGUCAAGUCCAAGUCCAAUUUUACAUUUUAAAAUUAUAUGUAAGCACAUAGUAGCAAAUAAGUCAAAUAACUAAAAUCUAAAAAUAAUAUUUAAUGUAGGUAAUCUAUAACAUGGAUGAUUCUCGCGGCGUUGUAUGGGGGCUGUCAGUCUUCUUUAUUUACUAGGGACUGGCAAUAGGGUAUUUGACUGUAUUUAAAAUAAAUUAUUUUACACAAUGUAUGAAAUAAAACACCAAAAGAUUAAUAGAGAAACGUAGACAGCAGUUAAUUUUAGAUACAAUUUCUAUUUUAAAACCCGUAUAAAACUAUAAAGAGUAGGUAAUUUGAUUGUGACGUCACAUGCUAGUGUUUCAUAUAAAUUCCAUAGUAGCAAAAUCGUUUUGUCAGUUCGGAAAAAGAAACUGAUUUGACUAGUAGUCAAAUACCCUAUACUCUAUUUUUGCUGGAAUGUAAAAAAUCUGUUAUCUAUAUAAACUCCCGAAUAGGAUAACGUAGGUAAUGAAGUGAAAUUUGAUGUUUUGUAUAAACUUACUUGAAGUGUAGUCCUUGGUUAAUCGUACAAGAAAGUGCAUCCUUUAUGCCAGAGCUGCAGAGGCCGCAAUACGGACACUUUCUUAAUGAACUGUUUUUAUUUACCGUGGUGUACCCUACUAAUUACUAAGUCAUUGGGUCAUUGCGUAAGUACUAUUUUGUCAACAGUAGGUAGGUACAAAAUGACAUGAAGUGGGGUGUGUCUUUAUAGAUGAAUAUAUAAGCAGUAUUCGAUUGUAUAAUAAUGUUGAUUUUAUGUACAGUCGCCUGCAAUAAUAUGUUACACAACGAAGGCCGCACAAGUAUCUGACACGAUCUUAUUUGUAGAGCCAUAAGAGCGUGUCACAUAUUUUUGCGGCCUUCGAAGAGUAACAUACAUUGCAGGUGACUGUAUCUAAUAUAAUAAUAAUGCGCAUAAGUACAUACUUAUGCGCAUACUACAGUACUGGCAAUGCCAAGGAUGUUACAAAGACAAUUUAUACUUAGUCGGCACCUGCAAAUAAUGACUAACACACACACGGUACUUAAAUAUUAGCACAGACGACAAUUUGUCUAUCUAUGACGAUGUUAAGUGAAAUGUUGCUAGUUAAGCGUAGAUAGCAUGUUAGUCUUACGUAGGGUCGACGUCAAAUAUACAGUGUAGGUAAAACCUUAUUUCAUGCUGUCCGUACAGAAUAGGGUACUUAAUACUAAGUACUUUAUAUGUAUAUUAAAUCAGCUACUCUUUAUGAAACGUGAAAAGAAAACUAUUUGUUACUAUGAAGUUAGUAUGAGAACGCGUUUAGUGACGUCACAGACCUAUCUCUUGGAUCUUAUUUUUCCAGUGUGUCUCGGAAACAAUUUCAUUAAUUUAUAUGAAGCAACUCUAUUGUGUACAGGUCUUUGGCGUCGACUGCACAAACUUCUAUGCUUUAAUAUAAUUAAAAAUACGCACAAUUAUAACGGCACUAAUUAUAUCAUAAUGAGUAUAAUGACCUUUUGAGGAGAGAGACUAGUUUUAAAUCAAAUGUAAAUGUGAGAAAUAUAUAUAAAUAAAUAUAUAAAUAUAUAUAUAUAUAUAUAUGUAUAUAUGUAUGAAUGUUAUAUGUUUACAUUGAACUCUAGUUAUAUGUAUUGGGCUAAAGUCCAAUAAAUUUAUAAUGGAAGUAUUAAAUUGAGACGUACCGUGUAAUUGUCUUCCAUACAGAAUAUUUUAUUAUUUAUCCUUCAGAGAAAUCAGUAUCAUAAUGAAAAAUAGAUUGCAACUUAAAUUUAGCACUGAAAUCAUUUGCUCAGCUAAUUACUAUUGCGUCCAUUUUAUGCACGGUUUGGCUCGCUGGCCUUUGACCUUCUAAGUGCUUUGCAAAAUUUUAUUACAUAUGAAGAAAAUUCAUAUACAAAUCCAAUACGGGCGAAUAUUCAAACGGGGGUUAGCAUAGGAUAGGACCUAAGAAGUAUAUUGAGAUAUCUCGUAAUCUCAUAUCACGUUAUGUCUCGUAAUCUGAUAUCAUGUUAUGUAUCGUAAUGUUUGCAAUACAUUGCUGCUCGGGACAUUUUCAAAAAUUAAUUACGGGGUCUAAAAUGUCAUAAUUAAGUGUAACACAAAAAAAACUUCUUAAUUAAUGAUUACAUGGGUAUAAUCUACCUAUAUCUGGUUUAUUGCCCGUAUUGGAUUUACACACUGUAUGUGAUGGACUUAACAUUUGAUAUGUAUAUGAUCUAUCACUGAUUUGGCAUAUAUUUAGUUUAAUUUAUUAUACACCGUAUUUCUUAAACUCCGUUAAUUUCAAGAGUGCAUUCCUGAGCUUAAAUUACUCGUAACUUAAUUUCUCAAAAACAAUUCUAAUUAACUCUAUUUACAAGCUUUUAUUUAACUUGCAAUGUACCUAUGAAGUAUGUAUGUAACAUGUUUGUAAGGGACAAAUCUUGCAAGUAAAAUUUGACCCACUUUCCGGUUUCCGAUAAAGCUGAAAAUUUGCACAUAUAUGUAAGUCGCGUGACAAUGCAAUAUUAUGGUACCAUCGAGCUGAUCUGAUGAUGAAGACAGGAGGUGGCCAUAGGAAGUCUGUGAUAAAACAACGAAACCUAAUUGUGUUUGGGGUUUUUAGAAUUGUCUCGAUGAGUAUUAGUUGCCUGUGGAUAAAAAGUACAUUCAGCGAUAAAAACUUGUACCAAAAUUUAAAUUUUUGCCAUAAAUUUAUUUGAAAAUAAUCAUCAUAAUCGACCAUUUAUUUUUAUCUGAUAAGGCCCUUACGAGCGUGUAAACUUGCCUUAGCGUGUUAACAUAUUGAUUCGUGUUAAGUACGAGUUCAUACAUUUGCUUCUAAACGCAAACUCGAACGUCGAUCGUCCGAUAUAGACGUUGAUAUGACAGAGUUUUUAAUUGUUUGGUUGAGUUAAACAUAAUGCCCGUGGUAUAACAGCGCUAUAUGCAGCAUUUAAUUAGUUUAAAAAAAAUACAAAUUUAUGAAAGUUACUAUUUAGUUUCCUAAAUGAACUUAGACAUACCCCGAAGUUAACGGAAUUUUAUAAAAACACCGUGUAUAUGUACGUAUGUACCCAUGUGUUACGUAAUACCUGUAAACAUAUAGUUUGUCAAAGGACUGUCUCAUUUCAAACAUAGACAGAGAUAAUCAUACUAUCUUUGUCUUACACUAGUACUAGCACCCAAAAAGAAAAGGAUGAGUAUAGUUUUUUUGUUCUUAUUUACUGCCAAUUUGGUUUGACCAACUAUAAUUAAUUUUGAUGUUGUGGUGCGAGAUUACUGGAUCACGCCUGGCCUUCGCGGCGGGAACAUUCUCAAAAUGAACGCUGAUUUAAGGGGAAUUAGCAUACUCAGUCUUACGCACAUGCCAGAUAUAUUUAGCGCAAGCCGUGCUUAGGCUGACGCAUUAUUGGAAAUGGCAAACAGAAUUGAGAUUUAUUAAUCAAUUAAACAAGAUAAAUCCUCCACUUGGAUGUUGUGUUCCCAUUCGAGUCUGUACAAUGUAUGGCCCACAUUCUUCUUCCUUCCUUAUACGAAUCAGCUCGCGCCCGAGAAGUACCCGCAUGUGUACACAUAAGCGUGGGACUAGGAAUUUAGGAAAAAAACUAGACUGUUAUCAGGUAAAGUGAGAAAAGAACUUGACGUCUUGGUUAUGGCUAGUUGCACCAACCAGAAAUUAACUGGUGAAGUGCAACCAGUUUAUAUUCUGCGUGUAAGUACUGUAAGUAGUGAUUAAAUUCAAGUAUUAGUUAAUGUAAAAAGUAAAUGUAUAAUGUUAGUUCCAUGAAGAUAGUAUUUCACAGGCUUGUUGAUUAACUGGUUUCAGUGUUAGGUAGAUCCUAAACGAAUGCUGUUGAUACAUUCGAUUCACUUUCCCUCUUAAAAGUGCGAAUGUUUAUAUAUGUAUAUAGGUAUGUAUAGGUGUAGGUGUAGGUGUUAUCAGAAGUGUCUUGUAAUGUGAUUGAAACUUAUACAUUGAACGUGUGAUGUGAAGUGUCUUAAAUGUAUUGGUCAGGGUCUUAAGAUGUUUCAUUAUUGUCAUAUAUAUACAGGGUGGCCAUAAAAUAAGUGCAUUCCCGUUGCCAGGGAGGUUUUGGGAUUAUACUGAGCAACUUUUACUAUGGGACCAACCACGAAAUCGCGAAAAAAAAUUACCCUCCCACAGAAAAUGGACCAGCCAAAAUGUAUGAAACAGCCAAUUUUUUUUUAUUAGAACAAAAAAUAAAAAUAAAUAUUUUCAAACAAAAAUUAAUUCCAAUGAUCGACAACAAAAAGAAACAUACUGUAUUAACCAUUGGCAGCGACAACUUGUUCGAAAAUGUGCGGCAAUAAUGACAUUUGUCAAAAGUCAGAAUCUUACGAAUGUCAUAAAUAAAAAACCGGCCAAGUGCGAGUCGGACUCGCGCACCUUUUAACAAUGUAUUUUUUAUGUGAAAAGUGAGUGAAAGGUAAAUUGCGGUUUACGAUUUAUUACGUAUUAAAAAAAACUACUUACCAGAUCUCGUUCAAACCAAUUUUCGGUGGAAGUUUGCAUGGUAAUGUACAUCAUAUAUUUUUUUCAGUUUUAUCAUUCUCUUAUUUUAGAAAUUACAGGGGGGGGGACACAUUUUACCACUUUGGAAGUGUCUCUCGCGCAAACUAUUCAGUUUGGAAAAAAAUGAUAUUAGAAACCUCAAUAUCAUUUUUGAAAACCUAUCCAUAGAUACCCCACACGUAUGGGUUUAAUAAAAAAAAAGUUUUUGAGUUUCAGUUCCAAGUAUGGGGAACCCCCAAAAUUCAGGAGCUAUUAACACAUACAGGCUGCUCCAAAGUAAAAAAUCGUAAUUUGUUAAUUUCUUCGUAACCGCUACACCGGUUGUUAUGAUACUUGGUAUGGUACUGAUUCUAAAUACCCUAAUGCAUAAGUACAUUUCGGCUUUGUCCAAUGGCUAAGGACAGCCUGUAUAACAAUUUUAAGGUAAGAUAAAAUUACAAAUGAUAAUAUGUGCAAUUCUUGUUUGUAUGUAGGUACCUAUGGUUAAAUUGCUAAUAAAUUGUGGGUUAUUCCCACUAGUUACCACCAAGAUUGAUUGAAUGAUUGAUUGAGAUUUUUGGGAUUUUUUUCCCAGUAGUUACCACUGGUAACAACUUGGUGGUAACUACUGGGAACAAUUUUUCCCAGUAGUUACAACUGGUAAAAGGUGGGAUUUUUUUUCCCCAGUAAUUACCACCAAAAUGUUGUUAGAGUUCAAUACUUACUAAUUAUUUUUCCCAGUAGUUACCACUGGUAACAAGUUGGUGGUAACUAGUGGGAAUAACCCUAAAUUGUCCAUUCUAUUAAAUAUAUAUUGUCCAUUUAGACAUUAUAAAGGUGUCAUGUAUGAAUAAAUUAGAAAUCAGGUAUUUGCUUGCAGGGCUGAAGUGUUUUUGUGCUGCUCUUGAUAAAACCAUUUAACGUAAACUUUUUUCGAUCCACAGACAGUGCAUGUGAAAGAUACUUAAGUACUAAAAGAAUAUAGUUUUUUUUUUUUUUGCACUAUAAGAAGAGAAGGUACGAGUAGUAAGGGACAUUUGGUCCCUUUUUUGUUUUUAUGUGCUACGAGCCCGUACGGCACAUCCGACAAUCACCAUUCUCAAAAACGUUUUGUCCUACUUCUUUCAAUUGGCUUUGCCUUUUUAUUAAAUGUUAUAUUAAGUUGCGAUUUAUACAAGUAUUUUUCAUUAAAUUUUUUGUACUAAAGACAAGCUACAGCUACAUUAUGUUGUUCCCGCUAAUUUGCUCUAAAAUCUGCUCCCGUUAAUUUGUUUAUACAUGUGUACAUUAUGUGGUAUACACAUUGCGCGAGGUUAUAAAAUACCUACACAACUUGGGAAUGGAUUUGAUCUGUCAAAGAAUAUCCCAUUAGUUUCAGUCCGUAGAUAGUCUACAUUAAUAGGUAAGUAACUAAAUAUAAAUAAAUUCUUAAGAGUCCUCGGCAAGCUCGAUUCUCCAUACAAACAUAGUUACGCUCUCAUUUUAAAACGACUAGCUAGAUUGCUCUGAAACUUGUACUUACAGUGGGAUAAGGUAUAAGUAGGUAUGUAAUUAGUUUGUGUAGUCGAAAUUGAACUAUCGUGAGACAUAUUUCAAAAUAUUUAGAUCAGUACGGUUUCACUCACUAUUAUUUUAGUCGCUUUUGGCGACAUGUUUCGGAUUCUUCGGGAAUCCUUCCUCAGGCACGAGUGUCCGCGGCGGUUGUACGUCGUGCACUCAUGCACUGCCCGCCUCGUCGCUCGUUGCGCGCGCGCUGAUGGGGCGGGGGCGGGGGGCGCGGGGCAGUCCGCAGAUGGAGUCGUCAAGUGAAGGUCUGGUAGGGGGUUAGUUUAUGUAGCUUCUAUACCAUAGUAAAAAAAAUCAGCGAAUUUAAGUUUUUCAUACAAAACUUGUUUUUGCUCUAUUUCGUUUGUUUUAUAUACUAGAUCUAGAUAUACCUCAUGUCAUUGUAUGUGCAAAGUUUAAUUACAAUCCAACACGUAGUUUCAAAAUGAGAACGAAACUCCGUUUGUAUGGGAAGGUGAAAUUCGGCCGAGCUUGCCGGCCGGGGGCACUCUUAACACAUCAUUGCCCCCAACGCACAAGUGCGUUCACCGUCAUACAAGUUUGUUCCUAGGCCACGCCUCCUGGCAGUGAAUACGUUAAGUAGCUCUACCUUUUGCUUUCACAUGCCACAGGAAGGAGAAGACCUAUUUAACCGAUUCUUUUUUGAAAGGCCUAAAGUAAACAAUGCUUUAAUGGGAUUCAAACCUGAAACCCAGAGAAAAUGUGUAUAUUUUUAUGAAUGUAUCUUACAUUGUUGUAAAGUUAUGAACCUAAAAUUGGUGUCUUAGGUAGGUAUGUUUAUAUUUAUAUGGACUAUGUAAAGAUUGAUAUUCACAAGUGUCGUCGACUCAAUAGAUAUGGACGAUUAUAGGGCAGAUCGAUGUGCAUCGAAGAGCUGGGGGCCUAGCCAAGAUGGCAAUCCUCCUACAUCGACAAACACCGAUCGGAAGGACUGAUGCAAGGAAAAGUCACUUGAUUAUUUCCAUAGUUUAUUUCACCUUCGAUUGUCGUUUUCUGUUAACGAUUGUCACCUAGCUAAGCCCCCUGGUACGUUCGCCACUCGCCUGGGCUACAACAGUUUAGCGAUAUAAUUUGUCGCUAUUCACAAGAAUUUGUCUAAAACUCUAAAUCGUGCUCGUUGAAAUAUUUUUUAUCUUUGCCCCCAAAAUGAGCCGAAAUGGCCUCCUUCACUUCUUCGUCACAAUUUUUUUUGCCUUGUAGUUCUUUUUUUAAAUUUGGCAACAAAUAAUAAUCGAUGAGGGCCAGAUCCGGGCUGCAGGGUGGGUGAACCACCGAUUCGAAGCCGCACCUGUUAACCCUUAAAUGCAUAUUGUUGCCAAAUGUAUACAAAGCAUUGGACAGCUCACAGAUUCAACAGAAAAUAAAAAAUAAAAAAAAUAAAAUGGGUUCCAAAAAUAAAAAAUAUUGCAUUUUAGGGUUAAGAGCAGCAGUCGCAACGCAACAUGGCUCUUGUGAACCGGUGCAUUGUCGUGCAACAGCAACACACCCUUUGACAGUUUUACCCGCCUUUUUUCUUUAAUGGCUUCACGUAGUCUUUCUAAUAACAAUGCAUAAUAAUAUGUCCCAGUUAUGGUAACCUCCGCAAAGGUUUUCCUUGCUUCGAUAGAAAUUUUAUCACGGCGAGAUAUUCAAUUUGCUCCAUAGUCGCACGUUUAUUUUCAAAAUUAUUUGUUUGAAGGGCGAUGUCCUAAAAAAAACCGGCCAAGUGCGAGUCGGACGGCGCACGAAGGGUUCCGUACCAUUACACAAAAAACGGCAAAAAAAUCACGUUUGUUGUAUGGGAGCCCCACUUAAAUAUUUAUCUUAUCCGUGUAUACCUUAUACACAUUAGUUAUUUGUGCAACAAGAGAGGAAAGUUGGUUUUUCUUACGAGUGUUUAUUUUGAGUCCCGAGAAAGCGAAAGAUUCUAAGUUAGAAUCAUGAGCGUAGCGAGAGAUCAAAAACACGAGAUGUAAAAUAACUUUGCUCUCGUGUAGCACAUAUAAUUUUCCACCUCAGUAGUGAGAACAUAUUAAAGGUUACAAUGUAUUUCGAAUUCACAGAAUAAUACAGAAAAAAAAACAAUUUGUAAUAGAUGUAUGAAGUGGCAGUUCACUAAAUUAAAAAGCUACAUUGUUUCACUCCCUGGAGUGACGAAAGUAGGCUUGUUCGAGCUGCUGAGGUGAAAAAAUGUGUCAGCUGGCUCGAUGGAUCAUUUCGCUACAGUUUCAUAAACUUAUUGCUGAUUACUUGUUACUAAUGUGAUGGGCGAUGGCAUUUUGUAUACGCCAUGAAACAGAUCCUAGCUGUGCUCAUUGAUAUUAUUCAGAUAUUUAAAUGAUAAGCAUUUAUGAUAAAACGUCUAUAUUUUGUUUGGGGGCAAAUAAUUGAGCAUUGGUUGUAUUUUGCUAGUAAUGAUUACGUGAUUACACUGAUUACCUAUGGUGACGGUGAAGCGUAAGGAUCUAACUUUAAUUGUAUAACGCAAAUAAAAGAUUUCACUGGUCUUUAAACCAUGUUAUUGUGCCCGAAACCCCCUAGUGUAAAUUUCGUUCGAUAGCGGGACGAGCGUUCGCGUUUGCGUUAUAUCUAUUUUUGUAUGGGAUUUAGAACAGCGCACCAACGGGACUUUGGUAACUCAAAAUUCCAUACAAAAUGACACUUAACGCAAACGCGUACGUCACGUCACGCUAUCGAAUAAAAUUUACACGCAGUACGGAAGUGACUAACGCUAACGUCAUGAGACGAAUAACUAAUUAUAGUUUAUAGUAUAAGGAAUAUAAGUAUAGGGUGUAAAAAAAAAUAUUAGGCACUUUCCCUCCAGGGCCCAUACAUUUUUUUCACACUACAGUUUGGAAUUAUAAUUUAUAAUGCAAAAUUAAGAUGUAAAUGUUCGGGUGCACUAGAUUUAACAAUAUUACAAGAAAUUCGGUUUACCUCAAUUCUCUGGUAUAAGAACCCAUAUUUUUUUCAUUAAUUAAAUUAGAUUAUUUAUUUAUUCAUUUAUUUUAAUUAUUUAUUUAUUCAUUUAUUUUAAUUAUUUAUUUAUUCAUUUAUUUUAAAAUUCAAAACAUGUCUCUAUAUAUUUGUAUAGCAAAAAUAGUUCAUUGAAUUUGUGAUUUAUGGUGAGUCAGUAACAAAAACCGAACUUGUCCCUUUAUGGAUUUUCCUGUGUAAAAUUGCCAUAUUUGUAUAUAGAUAAUUUGCAAAUUUUACUUGAUAUUGAAUUGUAAUAGUAUUAAGUAGAAUUACUAUAAGUAGGUAGUAUGCUUUUAGUGCAAAUGUUAGUUAGUGCAAAUGUGUACAAUAUUAUUUUAUUGUUUAUGAAUUACUUUUAUUAAUAAAAUUACUGAGAUUUAA